GGCGGGCAAGGGACGGCCGCCCGCAGCUGACCGCCCCUCCACGCCCAGUCCUCCGCACUGUCCCAGCUCCGCGGCGGCCCGGGCGUCCUCCCUCAGUCCGGGAGCGACGCUGCGCCGAGCGGUCGAGCACCCGAGAUGUGGAAGCUGAGCCGAAAUCGAGUGCUUCUGGACGAGCCCCCAGAGGAAGAGGACGUGCUGCGAGGGGCACCGCCGGCAGCCGCAGCCGCCCCGGCGCCGGGAGCAAGUCUCAGAGGUUGGAAAGAAGCAACUUCGCUGUUUAAUAAAGAAGACGAAGAACAUCUACUGGAGACUUCCAGAUCUCCCAAGUCCAAAGGAACUAACCUACGACUAAAAGAAGAGCUGAAGGCAGAGAAGAAAUCAGGAUUUUGGGACGCCUUGGUUUUGAAACAGAAUGUUCAGCCUAAGAAACCAGAUCAGAUCGAAGGCUGGGAGCCUCCCAGACUUACUGCUGAAGACGCGGCCGCUGACCGUACUGAGGAUGGUGUAAGCGGCUGCCCACCCUGGUCUGCCUGGGAGGAUGACACCAAGGGCUCUACCAAGUACACCAGCCUCGCCAACUCAGCCAGCAGCUCCCGCUGGAGCCUCCGGUCAGCGGGCAAGCUGGUCAGCAUCAGGCGACAGAGCAAAGGCCACCUGACAGAGACCUGUGAGGAAGUAGAAUGAACUGAAGGCGCUUCCCAGGGACAUCACAUUGCUUUGAUGGUUGGCCAAGCCCGCCGCCCACCUUCUAGUGCACCAUUAAUUCUUGAGCCCUCUCAUAGCCCAGGGAAGGAACCCACGGAGUUGCUGGUGUUUCAUGCACAGUGACCCAUACACACCAUGGCUUCCUGGUGACAUCUGGCUGCCUUGCUGCAGAAACAUCCACCCACUGGGUGCAUGUGUGCUGAAUGGAUGUGUGUGUUGCAGACACUGUCCUGUGAGCCAGUCUCCUCUAAGGUUCGUGCCAGCCUCAGUCACUUGGGUUUUUAGAACAUCUCCAUCUUGUCCCUGCAUGCGACAUGAGUGCUGCAGCUAGCUGAACAUGGCCUCUGUGGCCCCCUCUCCCUUUGUCAGAAUACAAGAAGCAUCUUCCAAAGGUUACAGUAAUUCAGUUUGACAACAGAUUCAUUUUUCCUUAUUAAGUUAAAAACAAAGCAAAAUCUCGAUGCUGGAAGCAAGGUGGUUUGAGGUAGGGUGUCAGGGCAUCUCGAGGGGCACAUGCAUCUGCUGAGGAGGACUGGCCUGCAGUGUCGGCCUAGGUGGCAACUAGUUCUUUUAUGGAAUUUUAUUUUUUUCUUUUGAACGUUUAAAUACAGAUCUUUAUUUUCUUCAAAAAAAUGUUGAUUUUAAACUUAAAGAUGGAAGAAAUACUAGGAGUAAAUUUUAGUCACCCAAUAAUCUUAACUUUGCUCAGAAAACAUUAACUUGCUCACUGUAGAGUUAAACUGUAGAUAAAACACUGAAGUGCCUCGUUUCUAUUCUUAGAUGUUUAGUUUUUCAAAAUGAGAAACUUUUAUGAUUGAUGUUGAAUCUAUAAGAAGUGUGUGUCCUCCCUAGCUCUGCCUGUCUUGCACUGCUGACUGUCCUCCAUUGUGGUCCAGGGGCGAUGUUCAGGUGGCCCAUGUGUUUGUCUUUGUUUUCCAGUUACAGUGCUUGGACGGACUGGGGAGCUGUGUUUCUUUGUUUUGGUUAAGAAUUCAAAGCCACUAGUCACACUGUCUGUUAGCAGUGUAAGCACUGUGUCCCCAGUGUCCCCAGGUGUCCCACGCAAUGUUCUGUGGAACAGCCAAGUGGCCUGGGUUCACUAGAUCUGUCAUCCACAGCUACCUGUCUGUCCACCACCCAGCUUGCCAGCCACCCAUACCCAUCCACCUGUCCACACAUGAGUCUGUCCACUCAUAAACUAGCUUUUAUUUUUUAAUCUUUUAAAAAAUAGAACAGUAAGUUCACUCAAUGAGCUUCGAGAGGAGGAUUCGGGUAGAAAAUUGUUAACACCUGGAAGUUCAAUUAUGGAGAUUUUGAUUCAUAAUGCAAAGUAUUUUUACUAUAACCUGUGAGUUUGAAAAUCCUUAAGUAUCCUCAGGUAAACGGUUGAGUGCGUGAGCUCCGAGACCGCUCUUGUCUUCAAAACGAGGUAACUGCGGGAGAGGACAGAAGAGAGGGCUCUUGCUGACGCCCACAGCAGGAACCCACUGGUGUGUCUGGCUAACCACCUGUGGGACAGGAAUACAAACCCAGCCUUGAGAAUGUAGGGAACGAGCUCUUGAACACACAGCCUCUGUGUUCACUGGGCCUGUGCUGAGUGCUAAGUGCCUGUAGCUCUCUGUGCCCGUGUGCCUGAGAGGCAGUGUUGUGUGUUGACACGGGGACUUUCACCCUGUCGCCUCCCAGGAGGCUAGGAUGCACUGUAAACCAGAAAGAUUAAUUAAAAAUGAUUUUUUUCUUCUGUUGUAUCAAAUUAAAAUAUCUAGUGUUUGAGAUCUUCA